ACGGAGCGCUUUGCAUGGCCGCGGCGAGCCCGGAGCGGAGCGGCUGCAGCCACGGACAUGCCCCGCGCCUGGCCCGGCUGGCUGAGCGCCUGGCUGUGCCUCUGCUCGGCGGUGCACGGUUUACGCAUCCAGCAGUAUCUUUAUUUCCAAGUGCUCAGCCCGGGGGACAUCCGCUACAUCUUUUCUGCCACGCCGGCCAGGGACUUUGGAGGGGUGUUUAACACGAGAUACGAGCAGAUCUACCUGGUCCCUACGGAUCCUCCCGAGGCUUGCGGCGCGUUGAACAACGGCGUCUUUGUUGAAGGCCAGAUUGCCUUAGUGGAACGCGGGGGCUGCUCGUUCCUGUCCAAAACCCGCGUUGUCCAAGAGCACGGGGGCCGUGCGGUGAUCAUCGCCGACAACGCCUACGACAACGAUAGUUCCUACGUUGAGAUGAUCCAGGACGGCAACAGCCGGACGGCGGACAUCCCUGCCCUCUUCCUCCUUGGGAGAGACGGGUACAUGAUCCGGCGUUCCUUGGAGCAGCACGGGCUCCCCUGGGCCGUGAUAUCCAUCCCUGUCAACGUCACCAGCAUCCCGACUUACGAACUGAUGCAGCCCCCGUGGACCUUCUGGUAGCAAAGGAAAGAGCCCGCCCUGGACCAACCUGGGACCAAAGAAGACUCUUAAACUGAGGGGGGCGGGGAGUCAAGACUCCGUACCCCGACUCUGCUGGUUCAGAAUCUAGUGGGGGCUUCUGCCCUCUGCGGUCUUCCGGUGGCUGAUCUCCAAGCACCCAGAGCCAUACCUCCAAAACGUCUCGUGCGUAGAGAGGGUUUGUCCACCGUGAGUCAGACCGCGUAGUGUAGUGCUGGCCGACAGAACUUCUGCAGCUUCUUAGACCUCUUAACUUGGAUUGCGCCGGGAUCUUGACUGUGCAGAGCAUCAGCCCCACCUUAGGGCUGCCCCGGAGAACAUAAGUUUGAAGACCUUGGAGGCUCUGCCUGGAAUACCCCGAGGGUUGCCACUCGCAAUGCUCCCUCUAAGCUGUGGCAGCUGACCCUCAGUCAGAUGGCAUAGAUCCUUGUGCCGUAGUGGCAGCUAAAAAUCUGCAUAAUCAGAUUACCAAUGGCCAAUCAGAAGCCCUGCUGGGCAGGGGGCAGGGGCCCCACCCACUUUCUGAAAACAGUUGGCUGGCACCAGGAACAGUGCUGGCGGGCACGAUGUUGGGGACCCCUAGAGUACAUACUUGUAAUGGGAAGCUGGCUUUGCCUGCCGGAGGUCUGCUUUGCGGAAGAUCACACUGCUCCAAACUCUGAAAUUGGGGGAUUUUGCUCAGUCCAUCGUUCUAACGCUGCUCAGUCCAAUGCUUGGCUUCUCAGUCCCCACACGGGCACCCCC